UCAUUAUACUCGGACUGGCAGCUAGCUUUGGUGGAUUGGCGUUAUACGUAGAGGCCGGGUGGAUUCGCCAGGCACCAACUACGACAAGUUCGAACGAAAAGGCUGGUACCCCAGAGGAUCAGAGUGCAGACACGAGAAUAGGUUGGAAGAUAAGAGACAGGCCUGUAUUGGAAGUUCUGUGCAUUAUGGGGGCAACUCAUGCGGCAGGACUUGCCACUCUAGCUAUAAGAAAGGAUUUACUUGCCGCAAUUGAUCUCUUCUCAAUUCCAUCUCUUGGAUUAUUAUUUGUCAUAUGGCUUUAUAGCCAUAUUCUCUAUCCAAACUCCCCAGAUGAUGCCAAGGUACAAGAGGCCAAAGCAUCAAAGAUCAAGAUAAAAGGAGACGGCCCUGUCACAACACCCUUGACGCCAUUAUUCUCGUUACCGGAUCUGCCGCCUUUACCACCAACAACAUCUGCUCUUCUCAAAGGUCUCAGCUUGUGCACAUUAGGAGCCAUCAUCUCAGUGACAGCAGUCGCAAAUUUCAGCCUUAGCGUAACGAUGGCCGUCCUCAGUGCUCUUCCCCUUUGCUUGGUCCCUGUCUCUCUGCACCACCCUUCUGAAACUCCGGAACCAUG